AUGUUAACCGUGGAAGCUAAGACUGGACAACACAGUGAGAGGCCAUUACCAAGACAAAUAGAAUCUCCAGGCACACCUGGCCCAUACCUGUCCCACUCUAUUGAGGAUAUACUGAAAAGACCUUCCUGUUUGGCUGAGAGGCAAAUGCAGAAGGUUGAAGAGAACAUGUCAGAAAAUACUUGGACACCCACUGGAAAAGAAGGCAUCAAAUCUAGGCAAGAUACAGUGUGUCAGCGAGGGCACAGAAGAGUACGGUCCACAUUCACAGCUACUCAGCUUGAGGAACUGGAAAGAGUUUUUCAAGACACUCACUACCCAGAUGUUCAUACCAGAGACUGGCUAGCCACACGCACCCAUCUGUCUGAGGGGAGAGUUCAAAUCUGGUUCCAGAACAGAAGAGCCAAGUGGAGACGGACUGAAGUGCAGGAAAGAAACAGUGUCCAGCUGGAGUGCACCACAAGCAAAUGCACUUACCCUCUCAGGCCUCCCUGUUUCUUCACGUUGAAGCAUCAUCUGCCUACAUCAUUCUACCCUCCCAUUCCUCUGUAUGAGAUCUGCACCCAAGUGCUCCACCCCUUUGUUGGGUCUCAUCAGUUCCAGGGGCCGCCAUACCAGCCAUGGUUCUCACGCUUUAGACCUCAUCCUGCCAACACGUACAGCAAGCAGAUGUGA